AUCAACCAUCAGGUGAAAUUUUGGUGGAGGCGUGUUCGCGAUUUCACGACACGAAAUGUGAAUGUAAACCGGGGUACUACAGAGAAGAAGGACAGGUGGGAGACUGUGGAGAAGUGUCGCCGUGUAUGCCCGGAUAUGGCGUGAAAAAAUUGGCGAACAGUCACAAAGAUACAACAUGCGAGAGAUGUGUUAACAGGAAGACCUUCUCCAACAUCAGUUCUGAGGUGAUGCCAUGCCAGAACUGUUCACUUUGUCAGGAGGGGUGGGUGCAGAAAACUCCAUGUACCGAAACUGUGGACACUGUCUGCAUUCCAAAAGAUGAAGUAGAGGAUGGCAGUGUUGGUAAUAUUGUGGGAGCAGCCUGUGGCGUAAUAUAUGCAGUUGCAAUACUUCUUGUUCUCAUCAUCAUUGCCUUUUGCUGUCGGGAAAGAACCAAUGAGGUUCUUCAAAAGUUGCGUAGCAGACGAUGUCAAGAAAACCAUGAUGACGAGGAACAAACCAACCCACUACAGCAAGGUGGUACACAAGACUGCAGUAAACAUAUCAAGAUAGCAGUGGAAGAUCCCCCUUGGCUUUCCUUUUAAGUUUUGGCCAUAAGUUAACAUUGUUUGAAUAAUUCAUGAUCCUGUUGGAUUAAUUUAUCUGUGAUAAUUUUCUAUAUUUCUGUGAUUAAUAUAAUCAUUUUUUUGCGAUUUUUUCGCAAAUUGUUUAUUGUAUGUUGAUGUAUAUAACACGAAUCUUGAUGUGAGUCUUUACAUAUAUAUUCUCAUACAAGCUGCACUCUCACAGAAUGAUCAUUUUGUCAACUUUUGUUUUUCGUCAUGGAUAAACCGUGACUGUCUGAAAAGCCGUGAUAUAAGACUUAUGACAUUCAAAGACAAUAUUAAACUAACUAUUUAAUUACACUUUUUACAUCUUGAAAAUAAACUCUUAUCUUCAGAAUACUGUUUUACUACUAUGUAAUUCUGAUAAAUAUGUAAAUGCAAUAGCUUGUGUGUUGUUCCGCUUCAUGUUUGUUAUACCCUGACAAACGAAGUUUGAACUGGGUAUAUUGGAGUCACCCUGUGGUCGGGGGUCGGUCCGUUGCUUUUUUCCUAGUCCGGAUGAUUACUUGAAAACAACUGGAUGGAACUUAAUUAAAAUUCAUAGAAGAUAGAACGUUUUGAGAGGAUUGCAGUGUACAAGAACCAUAACUAUAUUUUAAUUUAUUACAGUUAUUGCCCUUGUUUCUUUUCCUAUAUGGAGCUUGAACACAAAUUGAUGGAAUUCAAUUAAAUGGUUAAGCACAACGAAAGGAAGUGCAGAGUACAAGAACUAUAACUUUAUUAUGGCUUAUUACAGAGUUAAUGCCCUUUGUUACUUUUUCUUGUCCGGAGCAUAACUUCAGAACUACUGAUGGGAUGCAGUUGCACAAGCACCAUAAUCCUAUCGUGUAUUUUAAGGUAGCACAUCCCUAACGGAAACCUCCACUUGAAACUCUUUAAUUGUAAUGCUUAAGCCUAUGUUGUAAAGCAAAGGACUCUUUUGAUCAAGAUCAUUUUUUUCAGUAGCUUAUAUUCUUUAAAGAAGUUAAUUUUUAUUUUCAUUAAACAGUAAUUAUCACAGAGUUAUUGCCCUUUGUUACUUUUCCUCGUUUGUAAAAUAACUUGCAAACUAAUAGAUGAAAUUUAAUUCAACUUUGUACAAUAGUAAAGCACAAUGAGAGGAAUUCCUGGCUGGGGGG